CGGACGGAUGCGUGAACGACGUGUUUUACGCAUACUGCGAAGUGCAGGUUUCUCGAAAAGGUUCCCGUCCGCAAUGCAUUCCUUGGUAUAAUUUAUUGUGUGUAAACGUUGGUGAUUUUUCGAGUCAAAAUUGGCCAGAGGAGGAAGUGGAUGUCUCGAUUGAAGCCUGGAUUUUGGACACUUCGUAUUAUGGAGUCAGUGAAUCGCUAGAAGAUGUUGAGUGUCCAGCGAUCAGGAAGUCACGGAAGUGCGCGGGAAAUGGAUUGGUCAUGGAAAAAUCAUGGAAAAGGAGACGAUCCGCCAUAUCUGUCCGUCGGUACGGAGGUGAGCGCCAAGUACAAGGGUGCCUUCUGCGAAGCUAAAAUCAGGAAGGUCGUUAGAUCCGUGAAGUGUCGUGUCACUUACAAGCAGGGAUUAGGUACGGCUACAGUCACGGAUGAUCAAAUUAAAGGAACAUUAAGAGUAGGUGCUUCCGUAGAUGCCAGGCACAAUGACCGAAAGGAUUUUGUCGAGGCGACGAUCACUAAGAUUCAAGAUUGCAGUCAGUACACAGUUGUUUUCGACGAUGGGGAUAUCACCACGUUGAGAAGAACUGCUCUUUGUUUGAAAAGUGGACGUCACUUUGCGGAGAGUGAAACUUUAGACCAGCUUCCCUUAACGCACCCGGAACACUUUGGGAACCCUGUAAUCGGCGGCAGACGAGGUCGAAGGUCCAGGCAAACUCAAGAUGACAGCAGCGAAGAUGAAGACAGUCCACCGCAUGGUUCCCACGAGUCCCCUCGAGGAGAAGGAAAAGAAGGCUUGGAAGUCGAACCAGAAAUUGGAAGAGUCGUCUGCGUGGAACUUGGUGAUAAAAAGAAAAAAGACAACUGGUUUCCAGGACUGGUGGUCGCACCAACGGCUCAAGAUACCGUGAGAAUUAGAGUCAAAGACGACUACUUGGUUCGUUCUUUCAAAGAUGCGAGAUACUAUACCGUCCCUAAAAAGGAAGCUACCGAAUUUACGAAAGACUUGGUGAACAAGGUAGAAAAUAGCGCUCUGAAGGUUGCCGUCGAAAAAGCGAUGCUUUUUCUCGAAAAGAAUGAGUUGCCUCCCCAUUGGGACAAAGAUUCGCUCUUUGGGAAUUCUGUCUCUAGUGGAAAUAGUGAUUCUGACGGUGACAUUGAUUCCGAUAGUUCCGAUGAUGAGCCGCGAGAGGAAAAAGAUCACUUUGUUGCCCAGCUUUAUAAAUUCAUGGACGAUCGAGGCACGCCGAUUAACAAUUGUCCCAUGAUUGGAGAAGAGGAUAUUGAUCUCUACAGACUUUUCCGAGCUGUUUAUAAACUUGGGGGCUACAACAGAGUGACGAAUCAAAAUCAAUGGAAGGUCAUCACUCGACGUUUGAGUUUCUCGAUGCAAAGCAAUCAAACGACCCACAAUCUCGUGAAGCAGUCCUAUAAAAAGUUCUUACAUUCCUUUGAAGAUUUUUAUAGAAAGUUAGGGUGUACUAUGGUGAAUCAUCCGAGAGGGAGUGUUAGAAAGCAGCGACCGGGUCGGAGUUUGAUAAGGGAUAAGGAUCGAAAUACUCCUGUUCCUCAAGUUAAGUCUGAGAAAGAGGAAGAGGAGAAGGAGAAGAAAUUCGAGGAGGAGAAAAAGGAAAAGCGAGAGAUUAAGAAAGAAGUUAAGGAAGUGAAAGAGGAAGAACCGGCCAAGCCAGCGAGGAAGAAAGAAAAGGAAAAGGAAAAAGAGAAGGCACUAGAAAAGGAGAAAGAGAGAGAGAGGGAGCGUGAGAAAGAAAAGGAGCGGGAAAGAGAAAAGGAAAGGGAGAGGGAAAGGGAGAAAGAGCGAGAGAAGGAGAGGGAGAAAGAAAAGGAAAAAGAGAAGGAGAAGGAACGAGAGAGGGAGAAAGAAAAGGAGAAAGAGAAGGAAGAAUCGGAAAGUAUAAGCGGACAAGAAAGUGAUGUUAAUGUCGAAGAAGAGGAAUCUUCAAGUAGCGAAAAUUCGAAAAAGACUUCAAGGUAUUCCGGUUUGAAUAGAGCGAAAGCAAAAGAGGAGAAGAAAGCUAAAGAGGAGAAGAAGAAGGUUCUCGAAAAGAGGAAAGUUGAGAAGAAGCAGGAGAAGAAGGAGGAAAAGCCAGAGAAGAAAGAGGAAGAUACUACAAAGACCCGGUCCAAAUCCAAAGAUGAUGCGACGAAAGUUAAACAGAAUGCUGACGUUCGAGAGACGCCCUCCAGAGAGCCAGAAAAGAAAGCUUUUUCAAAACAACGACGCUUGACAGAGGAAGAAAUGAAGAAGAGGGGUCGAAAACGAAAAGAUACAGAUGGUGAGAAAUCGCGAGCUGAUGAACAGUCAGUGGAUUACGCGCCUUCUUAUAAAGGUCCUGUCGAAUUAGGAGACAGACUCAAGGUUUAUUAUGGACCAAAUCACGAGUCGAAGGUUACCUAUGAGGCGAAGGUCAUCGACAUGGAAAAGGACGGUACCGAACCAAGCUACCUUGUUCACUACACUGGCUGGAAUACGAGAUACGAUGAGUGGAUUACCCCUUCUCGAAUCGCCCAGAAUUUCACUCAAACUCCGGGAAGAGUGAAGAGGCCGAAAAUUACUCCUCGUCCGCAAACUCCCGGCGCAUCUUCUUCUGGGAGUGGGAAAUCUAUGAAGACUGGACCCCUGACUCCUGGAUCUCAGACUCGAAGAAGAGCUCAAAGCGUCGCACCCUCGGCAGGAAAUCCAAACUUGAUGAAAGAAAAGAGGGAAGAUAAGGAAAAGGACAAGGAAGGAUUGAAUAGAUCAACAACUCCACUUCUUGGAGCGAGAACUAAAAGUCCGGCUACUCCAGCGACUGGGAGGUUGAGUAGAGCGACGAGAAAUGCCGAGAGUGUAAUUGAAUUGAGGAGAAGGACGAGGAGAAUGUCGGGCCAUACGGAUGUUACAGCAGCUUCUGAGAGCGAGGAGACGGAUUCUUAUGAGUCUGAUGCUACUGAGCCUGAGCCGGAGCAGAGAGGAAGAUCCAAGGAGAAGGAGGAGGGAAAUCGAAGAGAGGCGAAACGAAGGGCCGAGACGAAGAUUAAAUUGGAGGCGAGUGAAGGUGAGGAUGAGAAAGAGGCUGUGGAGGAACCAAGGAGAGGAAAAAGAUUGAGGAGAAACUUGGGAAAGAUUCCUCCGGAGAUUAAAUCUGAGCCUGAGAGCGAUGAGGAACAACCGAAAGGUCGAGAUUUUGACUUGAAUCAGAUUAGGUCUGAAUUGAAGGGAUUUGAUAAGGCUGUAAAACUGGAAAUGUUGAGGGUUGAACCCGAACCGGAGGAGGAGGUGAAACCUGUGGAGAAGGAGAUUCCGGAGAAAGUGAUUGUGAUGUCGCCAAAAGUAGAGAAGGUGGAGAAAGUGGAAAAGGUGGAGAAGAUUGAAAAAGUGGAGAAGAUUGAAAAGGUGGAGAAGGUUGAGAAAGUGGAGAAGAUUGACAAAGUGGAGAAGGUUGUUGAAAAAGUAGAGAAGAUUGUUGAGAAAAUGGAGAAGAAACCGGAACCAGCCAAGGUGGAGAAAAAACUGGAACCGGUCAAGGUGGAGCCAGUCGUGGAUGUCAAACCUCCGGUUGAGAAUACGGAGGAUAUUUACGAGUUUAAGGAACCGGAGCCGUUUGAAUUUGAGGUAAGAAACAAGUCAGGUGACAAGGACAAACUGAAACGUCGUGUUUUCGAAGACCCCGUGAAGAGUAGUCCCAAGAAAAAGCAAAAGACAUCUCUAUCUCCCAAGGAAACAAAACCAGAAGUCGAGAAUACGGAAAUCAGGAAGAAGGUCAUAAGGAAGACAUUCGCUAAAAAACUUGAGGAACCCGAAGAAGGUGUUUCCACCAGCAGACCCUUGAUUCAGUCCUCCUGGAAGUGUGAGGAAGCCUUCGACAAACUCUGCGAGAGUCCCGCUUACAAUCAACCCAAGCCGCCACAAGUCGAGGAUUCAAGUAGGCACACUACUAACAUAGAUCUCCUCUUUACUGAUUUACCAGAUGACGAUGGUGUCGACGACCCAGAGGAUCGUCUCAUCAUAUCAGAAACGGAGACUCCCGAUUGCGAGCAAGAAAAUAUAUUCUCCUAUCAACAAGACAUAUUUCCACCCACUGAUAUUGAUAUGGAUUUCAAGGAUGACAAGAAGCCCAAAACGCAGAUCCAGAUAGAAGAACCACAACCUCCCCCUCCAGUUAUUAUCGAACCUAGACCCAUUCCUAUAGAACCAAAGCCAACUCUUAGUUUGAUCAAACCAAUUCCAACCCCCAAGGUUAUGGAACCAAAACUUGCAGAGACAAAACCACUUGAUUUCCCUCCUCUGUUGCCACCCGCGCCGACUGUUCCUGUGCCUAUCAGCGCAAGACUGCCGGUGACUUCUUCCAUAGAAGAAAAGUUAUCAGCCGCUGCAGCCUUUAGGAACAAAGUCAAGGAGACGAAAAAGGACGAUGAUGGGGAAAGUUCGAAAAAAUUAGGACACUUUAAAGAGAAGGAGAUGAGAAAAGAACUCGCAUCAUUAAGGAGAAAUAAGGAGGACACCAAAGCGAAGAUUGAAGCAGAAUCGAAAAAGAUUCCCGAGGAACCAGUUACGAAACCAAUCAUAAAACCAGAUGCAGAGGUUCUGGAAGAAAAGGCAAGAUCUCCUCUUAUUGUCACGAAAGUAAAGGAUGAAGUGAAAAAAAUAGAGAAGAGAAUUGAGAUUGAAAAUGCAUCUCAGAAACUAGAUCUUCGAAAGUUCACGGAGCAGAAGCCGCAAGAGAGACUAGAAGAUAAGUGGAAGAAGAGCGAAGAGAAGAUAUUCCCGGAAGAAGAUCGGAAGCCAGUUGAGGUAGAGAAGCAGAAGCCUGCAAUUAAUCUAGAAUUUGCUGAUUCCACAGAUAGCAGUGAUUCAGAACGAAGGUUGAUUAUCGAUAAUGAGGUCGAAUUCAGUGAGGAAAAGCCCUUGAAGUUUGAAGUUAAAUUGAACUUGGAAAAAGACUUGAUAAUUAAACCGAGCCUGGAGAGAGAUUCUGUUCUUAAAACGCAGGAGAAAAGUUUAAUUAAACUGAACCAGGAAAGAACUUCCGCUGUGAAAUUGAAUCAGGAGAAAACGCCGAUUAAACUUAACCAGGAAAGAGUUUCGGCUCUUAAAAACGUCGAAAGAAGUGCCCCUCCUAAAAUAAACCCAGAGAAAGUUUCGGCGCUCAAGAGCUUCGAGAGGUCUUCCCUUAAAAUAAGUUCAGAGAGAGGAUCGAGUCUAAAACAGAACCUGGAGAGAAAUUUGACCCUGAAGAUGAAUCUAGCUGCAGUUCCGGAGAUUGAAAGAAAUUUGAAAGAACUCACCGCGGAGGAAGGUAAACCUCUAAUUCAGAACCAGGUUCGUCUUCAACAGGCUGGACUUCAGUGCAAAUUCGCCAGAGUUGACGAGGACGGUGACAAUUUGAAUUCGCUUCUCUGCGAAGAAGAAAUUCCGGGUUCACCGACUCCAGGCGUCGAGACUAUCGAGCAGCAAGUGCCAGGACCUUCACACGUGACUCCAAAGACGAAGAUGGCAGAAACUUCGAUAGUUUUGAUGGAAUUGCCAUUCGCGAGUGCUCCGACUUCGAGUCCCACUGCUUGCAGUACAAUUUCCACCUCGACUAUGCCUUUGUCCCAAAGUAGUAGUGCAAUGGUUCCAGUUCCUCUGGCGGUUCAACAUGGUCCAAUUCCGGUGAGACAGGAACAACAUCCGGCUGCGCUACAAAGACAGGAGAGUAACGAGGCAGCUCCUGUGAUGGAUAACACGCCACCAACUACACCUGAUUCGACUAUAUCGAAUAUCUGCGAGUCUCCGAGGGAGGUGGGCACUGCGGGUUCGAGUCCAAUGUCGGAGGAUAGUUCCAAGCUGAAUAGAGACACGUCUGAGGUGGAGAUUGAUAGUAAGAUGGCUGGAUUGAGUGAGGAUGACGCGUCGUUGUUGAACUCGGAAGGAAAUGGAUCUGAUGGGCCGUUGAAGCAUUCACUGAAGAGGGCGAUCGAGGAAUCGGGAUCAAAGAAGAGGAAAAGAAAUAGGAGUCACGUUGAGAGUGGUGGAAAUAAUUCGGGGAAAAAGUCACCAAGACAGAGUGGAAGAAGUAGCAGACAUGGAGCCGGAAGUGAUAGCGAUGAUACGAGUGAAGGGUCGAACCAAUGCAGCAGUGGAAACUCGAUUUCGACGGGUCAUGGUCAUGUUAAUAUGACGGAACUUAGUAGCUAUUCAUCGAGAUCGCCAAGGCCUACAAAGUACAACUUCUAUGUAGAAUUAGAUCCAGAGUGGGAUGGAAGUCAAAGAAUAGCUGUUUUGCAACAGAAACUUAGCGAGCUAAGGAAAACUUAUAACUCACUGAAAGUUGAACUGGCAGGAAUCGACAGGCGCCGAAAAAAAUUAAAGCGACGGGAACGAGAAGCAUUGAAAGCCGCCAAAGCAGAGAUGCAACAAGCCUGUUCGUGAUGAGAAUAUUCGAGUCAUCGACGAUAAAAAAUGUCUCAUGUACAGAACAACUUCCAGCAUUUGAAUAUAUUAUGGUAACGAUGUGAUUUGUGCAAACGCCUAGAUUUUAAUCAAGCGAACUUUGAUGUAUUCAUUAUCUAAUUGUAGUCAGUAAUACGGCAGCUUAGAUAAGUUUCUCCAUCACUUAGGAACAGUUUGUAGAUAUAAUCUCAGUGCAUAGCAUGAAAUAUGUAAUUUUACAUGCGUACGUAAAUGAAUUUUUACGUACAUUCAACGUCAUAAUCAGUGCCCUUGAAUGCAAAGUGUGCCAAAUUGAGAAACUUGAUUAUUUAUUUUAUUUUGUUUUUGCUUGUACACUCAAGAAAAUUUGUUAAUUUUUGCAAAAUCUAGUUUUUUCCCGUGGCAUGAAAAUUCCAUUGGAAUGUUAAUUUUGCAAGUAAGAAUUGGGAAAAUUUAUUAUAUUAUUUUGUUUUAGGAAAACUAUUAGGUGAAUUAAUAGAACCGGUGCAUUUGAGGGUUUAACAAUUCGUAUCGUUUUUCGACGUGAAGCGCAAAAUUAAAUGACGAAAAAAUUAUUUUCGUCAAAGGCGCAUUUAUAAGGCUGAAAGGAUUUUACGAUAAAUGUGCUCAGAUUUCUGAUAUUGCAGCCUUUCGAUUUGAACGAGGAGUCGUGUGCAAAGCAGGAAAGGAACUUCUUCAGUUUCAAAAGACUUUUUUAGUUGAUGCAGAUUAACGACUGGUUGUAGAUGAGCUCAACCUCUAUGUUAUAAAAUAGAACUUUUAUGUUAGUCAUUUGUAAAAAGAUGUUGUCGCGUACGCUGGAAUAUUUGAAUCUAAAAUUAAAAUCGAUUAUCGAGUUGUGUAGGUAAUAUUUAGAUUGUUAUUUAUUGUAAGGUAAUUUAUUAAUAUAUUAAAACUUAAUUUACUAAUAAUAUUAUUCCAGGAAACAAAAAACUGACAUUUGCACUUGACUCCUCGAUUAUAAUUAGUGAUUUCCUGUAUCAGGAAUAAAACUUUCUAAGGCUCUUUGAUUGGCAAUUUUUAAAGGAAGUCGAAAUUUUCAAAGCUAAAAUUCUGCAGAUUAGAGCAGUUUUAAUAAUUGAGAAUAACUAUUAGUAAUUGAGAAGUCACUUUCUAUUGGAUCACGUUUUCGAAAGAGUACAUUUUUUUCUUAAGCGCAUUUUGUCUUUUUUUUUUGAAAAUGAUUUUUAACUUCAUUUAUGAAAGAUUUUAAUGCGAUCUUUAAUUUUUUUAUAGGCUCGAAAUGUUCACUUAUUUCAACAAAAAUGAACAAAUUUUUCAAGUCAAUGACAAUACAGGAAGGUUCUUUUCUGUAAGAGAAUGUAAAUGUCAAACUUUCGAAGGGCCUUUAGUGGGAGAACCAGACUUUUUAUUUUGCGCACGUCCAAGUGUACACAGAGAUAUAAAAAUCAGAUAAAUAUUUAAAGUUUCUAUAUGUCUGUGAUCAUUGUUAUAUUAAGACUUUGUAAUCAUUCAAACAUUUUGAUUUUUUUUUAAAUGGUUCAUCGUGUAGGUAUUUGCAAUAGCAUGGUUAAGAAAUCAUUAAAAUAUACUUUCAUAUUCGAUAGAAAAAGUUAUUUACAUUUUCAUACGCAUAUGUUUCACGUACAAAAAGAAUAAUUGAACUAACUGUUGCGCUACCUAAACGUUUCACAAUUUGUUUUUAAAAAAAUUAUGGAAUGAAUGUUGUAAAUAUAACAUUACGAAUAA